AUGCCCGGAAAGGACACACCAACUGCCUCUGCGAGAGCUGAAAAUCUGUGUUACAAGAGAUACGGGAUGGAAAUAGAUGGUAUAGACUACACUUAUGUUAAAUGGGUUUCAGCGGUGCUGGCAGCACAAGCCGAGCAAGUCACGGAGUACGAGAUUGUAGCUGUGGCUGCUGGUGGAGGAUGGCUGCUUGGGCAGGAUGGAGAAGAGCCUGUGACAGUGGUCUGUGAAACACAACAGGAGCUGACAAAUGCGGUUCCCACGUGCAGCAUCUUAGGGGGAAUUCAGGGACGCACGGAUUGGGAUAGCAGACAGAAGAACGGACGCAGUCCUCCUUGGAUGAUGGCCAUCGAAGAAGAGAGCUUAACCCUCGUGACCCCUCAGCGUUAUACUGGAUAUGACGUAGAUGGGAUGGAAUACUUAGCUGGUCAGUAUGCCAGGGUUUGGAUCCCUGAUCCAGAGGAGGUCUGGAAGUCAGCAGAACUUCUCAAAGAUUAUAAACCUGGAGAUAAAGUCCUCCAUCUUCGACUUGAAGGGGGCAAGGACCUAGAAUAUUGCCUAGAUCCAAAGACGAAAGAACUCCCGCCCUUGCGAAACCCUGACAUACUUGUUGGUGAAAAUGACCUCACAGCGCUCAGUUAUCUCCAUGAACCUGCCGUUUUACACAACCUCAAAGUUCGAUUUAUAGACUCUAAACUGAUCUAUACUUACUGUGGUAUCGUCUUAGUGGCCAUAAAUCCUUAUGAACAACUGCCUAUCUAUGGCGAAGAUAUCAUCAAUGCAUACAGUGGCCAAAAUAUGGGGGAUAUGGAUCCACAUAUCUUUGCGGUGGCUGAAGAAGCGUAUAAGCAGAUGGCCAGAGAUGAGCGAAAUCAGUCAAUCAUUGUCAGUGGGGAAUCUGGAGCUGGAAAGACCGUCUCUGCUAAGUAUGCCAUGAGGUACUUUGCCACAGUCAGUGGAUCUGCAAGUGAAGCCAAUGUUGAGGAGAAAGUCUUGGCCUCCAACCCCAUCAUGGAGUCUAUUGGAAAUGCCAAAACUACGAGGAAUGACAACAGCAGUCGCUUUGGGAAAUACAUUGAAAUUGGUUUUGAUAAGAGGUAUCGAAUCAUUGGUGCUAACAUGAGAACUUACCUCUUGGAAAAAUCGAGAGUGGUGUUUCAGGCAGAAGAGGAGAGAAAUUACCACAUCUUUUACCAACUUUGUGCCUCUGCAGCGUUACCUGAAUUUAAAACUCUACGAUUAGGGAAUGCAAAUUACUUUCACUAUACAAAGCAAGGUGGAAGCCCUGUGAUUGACGGUGUUGAUGAUGCUAAGGAAAUGGUAAACACCAGGCAGGCGUGCACUUUGCUAGGGAUUAGUGAUUCCUACCAGAUGGGAAUUUUUCGAAUCCUUGCUGGCAUCCUUCACUUGGGCAACGUGGAGUUUGCAUCUCGGGAUUCUGACAGCUGCACUAUUCCUCCCAAGCACGAACCCCUCACCAUCUUCUGUGACCUCAUGGGCGUGGAGUAUGAAGAGAUGGCCCACUGGCUUUGCCAUAGGAAGCUCGCAACUGCCACUGAAACCUACAUCAAGCCAAUUUCUAAACUUCAUGCCAUCAAUGCCAGAGAUGCACUCGCCAAACAUAUCUAUGCUAAUCUCUUUAACUGGAUUGUAGAUCAUGUAAACAAAGCCCUUCACGCUACUGUAAAACAGCAUUCUUUCAUUGGAGUGUUGGACAUUUAUGGAUUUGAGACAUUCGAAAUCAACAGCUUUGAACAGUUCUGUAUCAACUAUGCCAAUGAAAAACUGCAGCAGCAGUUCAAUAUGCAUGUCUUUAAGCUGGAACAAGAAGAAUAUAUGAAGGAACAAAUACCAUGGACCUUGAUUGAUUUCUACGACAAUCAGCCUUGCAUAAACCUCAUAGAGGCCAAAAUGGGAAUUCUGGAUCUGUUGGAUGAGGAGUGCAAGAUGCCAAAAGGCUCAGAUGACACUUGGGCCCAAAAACUAUAUAAUACUCAUUUGAAUAAAUGUGCCCUCUUUGAAAAACCACGUUUGUCAAAUAAGGCUUUUAUCAUCAAGCACUUUGCUGACAAGGUGGAAUAUCAAUGUGAAGGCUUUUUGGAAAAGAAUAAAGACACAGUUUAUGAAGAACAAAUUAAGGUCCUAAAAUCAAGUAAGAAGUUUAAGCUGCUACCAGAGUUAUUCCAGGACGAGGAGAAGGUCCUCAGUCCCACAUCAGCAACUCCUUCAGGGCGCGUGCCUUUGUCUCGAAUGGCUGUAAAACCAGCCAAGGCCAGGCCAGGUCAAGCCAGCAAGGAGCAUAAGAAAACGGUGGGACAUCAGUUUCGAAACUCUCUUCAUCUGCUGAUGGAAACCCUGAAUGCUACAACUCCACACUACGUGCGCUGUAUUAAGCCUAACGACUUCAAGUUCCCGUUCACAUUCGAUGAAAAGCGGGCAGUGCAGCAGCUGAGAGCUUGUGGUGUCCUGGAGACCAUCCGAAUCAGUGCAGCUGGCUUCCCCUCCAGGUGGACGUACCAAGAGUUCUUCAGCCGUUACCGUGUUCUGAUGAAGCAGAGGGAUGUUCUUAGUGACCGAAAGCAGACGUGUAAAAAUGUCCUGGAGAAGCUGAUUCUGGACAAGGAUAAGUACCAGUUUGGUAAGACAAAAAUAUUUUUCCGGGCUGGUCAAGUAGCCUAUCUGGAAAAAAUAAGGGCAGAUAAGCUGAGAGCUGCCUGUAUCCGCAUCCAAAAGACGAUCCGAGGCUGGCUGAUGCGAAAGAAGUACAUGCGUAUGAGGAAGGCUGCCAUCACCAUUCAGAGAUAUGUCAGAGGGUACCAGGCACGAUGCUAUGCCAAGUUCCUGCGGAGAACACGGGCUGCCAUCACUAUUCAGAAGUUCCAGCGCAUGUAUGUGGUCCGCAAAAGAUACCAAUGCAUGCGAGCUGCUACUAUUGCUCUUCAGGCUCUCUUAAGAGGUUACAUGGCCAGGAACAAGUACCACAUGAUGCUUCGGGAGCACAAGUCUAUUGUUAUUCAGAAACAUGUAAGAGGCUGGCUGGCUCGGGUGCACUACCAUAGGACCUUGAAGGCAAUUGUUUACUUGCAAUGCUGUUACCGGCGCAUGAUGGCCAAGAGGGAGCUAAAGAAACUGAAGAUAGAGGCCCGCUCUGUAGAACGCUACAAGAAGCUUCACAUUGGCUUGGAGAACAAGAUCAUGCAGCUGCAGAGAAAAAUUGAUGAGCAGAACAAAGAGUACAAAUCUCUUCUGGAGAAGCUGAGCAACCUGGAGAUCACGUACAGUACAGAGACAGAGAAGCUGCGGAGUGAUGUGGAAAGGCUGCGGAUGAGUGAGGAGGAGGCCAAGAACGCGACUAACCGCGUCCUCAGCCUUCAGGAGGAGAUUGCCAAGCUCCGGAAGGAGCUGCACCAAACUCAGUCUGAGAAGAAGACCAUUGAGGAAUGGGCAGACAACUACAAGCAUGAAACCGAGCAGCUGGUAUCGGAGCUGAAAGAGCAGAACACAUUACUGAAGACAGAAAAGGAUACCCGCCGCAUCCAUGAUCAGGCGAGGGAAAUAACAGAGAUGAUGGAGAAGAAGCUAGUGGAGGAAACCAAACAGCUAGAGCUAGAUCUGAAUGAUGAACGGUUACGGUACCAGAACCUGCUGAAUGAGUUCAGCCGUUUAGAGGAGCGGUAUGAUGAUCUCAAGGAUGAAAUGAACUUAAUGGUGAACAUCCCCAAGCCGGGACACAAAAGAACGGAUUCAACCCACAGUAGCAAUGAAUCUGAAUAUACUUUUAGCUCUGAGAUCACAGAAGCAGAAGACUUACCAGUGAGGAUGGAGGAACCAAGUGAGAAAAAGGCACCACUGGAUAUGUCUCUGUUCCUCAAGCUGCAGAAACGGGUUACAGAGCUGGAGCAAGAAAAGCAAUCCCUGCAGGAUGAACUGGACAGAAAGGAAGAACAGGCUCUCCGUGCUAAAGCUAAGGACGAUGAAAGGCCUCCAAUAAGAGGUGCAGAGUUGGAGUAUGAGUCGCUAAAGCGUCAAGAACUUGAAUCUGAGAAUAAAAAACUGAAGAAUGAGUUGAAUGAGCUGCAGAAGGCCCUCACAGAAACACGAUCUCCAGAGGUGACUGCUCCUGGUGCCCCUGCAUACCGAGUCCUCCUGGAUCAGCUGACUUCAGUCAGUGAAGAGCUUGAAGUCCGCAAGGAAGAAGUCCUCAUCCUGAGGUCUCAGCUUGUUAGCCAGAAAGAGGCUAUUCAACCCAAGGAGGAUAAGAAUACCAUGACAGAUUCUACAAUCCUGUUGGAGGAUGUACAAAAGAUGAAAGACAAAGGAGAAAUAGCACAGGCAUAUAUUGGACUGAAGGAAACAAACAGGCUGCUGGAGUCUCAGCUUCAGUCACAGAAGAAGAGCCACGAGAACGAACUGGAAUCGCUGCGAGGUGAGAUCCAAAGUCUGAAGGAAGAAAACAAUCGCCAGCAGCAGCUCUUAGCACAGAACCUGCAGCUGCCUCCAGAAGCCCGCAUUGAAGCCAGUCUACAGCAUGAGAUCACCCGGCUGACUAAUGAGAACUUGGAUUUAAUGGAGCAGCUUGAAAAGCAAGACAAAACUGUUCGCAAGCUAAAGAAACAGUUGAAAGUAUUUGCUAAGAAGAUCGGUGAACUUGAAGUUGGCCAGAUGGAGAACAUAUCACCUGGACAAAUCAUUGAUGAACCUAUUCGUCCAGUUAACAUUCCACGGAAAGAAAAGGACUUCCAAGGGAUGUUAGAAUAUAAGAAGGAGGAUGAACAAAAACUUGUCAAGAAUCUUAUUUUAGAGCUGAAACCACGUGGGGUAGCUGUUAACCUGAUUCCAGGACUACCAGCAUAUAUUUUGUUCAUGUGUGUACGCCAUGCGGAUUACCUUAAUGAUGAUCAAAAAGUGCGGUCAUUGUUGACUUCCACUAUCAAUGGCAUCAAAAAAGUGUUGAAGAAAAGAGGCGACGACUUCGAAACAGUGUCCUUCUGGCUAUCUAACACCUGCCGAUUUUUGCACUGUUUGAAGCAAUACAGCGGAGAAGAGGGGUUUAUGAAGCAUAAUACACCUCGUCAAAAUGAACACUGCCUCACUAAUUUUGAUUUAGCUGAAUACAGACAAGUACUGAGCGACUUGGCUAUUCAGAUCUACCAACAACUUGUCCGAGUGUUGGAAAACAUUCUGCAACCAAUGAUUGUUUCAGGAAUGCUGGAGCACGAGACUAUCCAAGGGGUCUCAGGGGUGAAACCAACAGGGCUGCGGAAGAGAACAUCCAGCAUUGCUGAUGAAGGAACCUACACUUUGGACUCCAUUAUUCGGCAGCUGAACUCUUUCCAUUCAGUGAUGUGUCAGCACGGAAUGGAUCCAGAGCUGAUCAAACAGGUUGUCAAGCAGAUGUUCUACAUCAUUGGGGCCGUAACGCUUAAUAAUCUUCUCCUGCGCAAGGACAUGUGCUCGUGGAGCAAAGGAAUGCAGAUAAGAUACAAUGUGAGUCAACUGGAAGAAUGGCUACGUGAUAAAAAUCUGAUGAAUAGUGGGGCUAAAGAAACACUGGAGCCCCUCAUCCAGGCUGCACAGUUGUUGCAAGUGAAAAAGAAAACGGAUGAAGAUGCAGAAGCCAUUUGUUCAAUGUGCAAUGCACUGACUACUGCCCAGAUUGUAAAAGUUCUGAAUUUGUAUACUCCAGUUAAUGAGUUUGAAGAGAGAGUCUUGGUAUCGUUUAUACGUACAAUACAGAUGCGUCUGCGAGACAGGAAGGACUCUCCUCAGUUGCUCAUGGAUGCUAAACACAUCUUUCCUGUUACUUUUCCAUUUAAUCCAUCCUCGCUGGCAUUAGAAACCAUUCAGAUCCCAGCCAGCUUGGGCCUGGGCUUCAUAUCACGUGUCUGAUUUGAAGGAUGUACUGCCAGUGUUAGGUGGAGAAUCAGUUGCCUGAUACCUGUACCCAUUAAAACACAGUGAGCUACUGAAAACACAUUUUCUGAACAAACAGUCGAUUUAUGCCCAGAUCUGUAGUAAAAGUAGCCGGAAAAUGACGUAACAGCACCACAGAUAGAAGGCUAAUAGAAAGAUGUGCAUAUGUUUUCAGUCAUUGCAUUUAUGAGGACAUCACUGAUUCAUACAUUUCCAGAAUAUGGAAAUCAGGCUUGAACAAAAAUUGUAUAUUCAGCUGCCUAGAGACAUUUUUAGAUCUUUAGUAACAUAUUUAAAUAGUGUAAAUUAAACUCCAUAUGUAAUCUUCUCAUAGGCAGGGACCAACAGGGACAGUCACAGUGCUGAAUGGGGAAGACUUGAAAGUAAGGCAUUUUGUAGUAGAAUACACAGUCACUUGGGAGCCUGUUACAUUUAGUUUGUAAAAACUGGAAUGGAGAAACACAAACUGGCAAUAUAUUAAAUGAUUUCUUAAACCACUUCCUUAUUUAUGUCAGUUUGACAUAAAUUCUAGUGAUAAGUCUUAUAGCUCACUAUAUGCUAUAACUUAGGUGUUCAUUUGUCAAUACUGUGGUUUACCAAGCAUACUAAAUUGCUGCUGUAUAUUGUGUUCUUCUAAAUGUAUGACAAAAUCAUUCUAAGCACUAAAAAUAAGAUACUUCACUUUUUGUUGUCGACCUUAUUUACAGUGAUGCAGUCUGUUACUUUAACUGGAUUUUUGCAAAUAACACCUGUAGAGGAAAAUGGUAACUAAGCACAAGUAGCACACUGGAAAUAACAUGUUUAGUUAUUUUUAAGAGUAGUUAGCUAAAAAUACAGAAUCUUGAAGCAAAUGAUCAGAAGUCAAUAAUGAUUUUAGUAUUUAUUUAGAUUUUGUAGUCUGUCUAAUGUUGUUCUUUCUUUGUAGACACCAGAGAGGACAGUGUGUAUUUUGAGUAUAAUCUCUUUUGUUUUGUUGCCACUUAAUAAAAAGGAAAAAAAAAAAA